AUGGCUGCCCUCCUACUGCCCCUGCUGCUGCUGCUGCUGCCCCUGCUGCUGCUGCUCAAGCUGCACCCUUGGCCACAGUUGCGCUGGCUCGCGGCAGACUUGGCCUUUACGGUGCGCGCUCUCCGCUGCAAAAGGGCUCUUCACGCCCGCGCCCUGGCCGCGGCGGCCGCCGACCGGAAAAGUCCCGAGGGGGGCUGCAGCCUGGCCUGGCGCCUCGCGCAGCUGGCCCGAGAGCGCGGCGAGCACACCUUUCUCAUUCACGGCGCUCGGCGCUUCAGCUACGUGCAGGCGGAGCGCGAGAGUAACCGGGCCGCGCGUGCCUUCCUGCGCGCGCGAGGCUGGGAAGGAGAACCUGGAGGCCGCGAGGCACAGAGUGCCGGGGAAGGCGCUCGGCCGGCGCAGGGUGCCCGAGACGCGGCGGCCGGAAGCAGCGUGGCGCCUACCGAGUGCAGUGUGGCCCGUCUGGCACCGGGGGCGACCGUGGCGCUGCUCCUCCCCGCCAGCCCGGAGUUCCUGUGGCUAUGGUUUGGGCUGGCCAAGGCUGGCCUGCGCACGGCCUUUGUGCCCACCGCCCUGCGCCGAGGGCCCCUACUGCACUGCCUCCGUACCUGCGCCGCGCGAGCGCUCCUGCUGGCGCCAGAGUUUCUGGAAUCCUUGGAGCCCGACCUGCCAGCACUGAGGGCCAUGGGCCUCCACCUGUGGGCAGCAGGUCCUGCCAGCCUGCCUGCCGGGGUCCCUAAUUUUCUGGCAGAGGUGGCAUCAGAAGCGGAUGGACCGGUGCCCGGGUACCUGUCUGCCCCCGAGAGCAUGACAGACACAAGCCUGUACAUCUUUACCUCUGGCACCACGGGCCUUCCCAAAGCUGCCCGGAUCAGUCACCUGAAGAUCCUGCAGUGCCAGGCCUUCUACCAGCUGUGUGGUGCCCACCAGGAGGACAUCAUCUACUUGGCCCUCCCACUCUACCACAUGUCAGGCUCACUGCUGGGCAUUGUGGGCUGCCUGGGCAUUGGGGCCACCGUGGUGCUGAAGUCCAGGUUCUCAGCUGGUCAGUUCUGGGAGGACUGCCAGAGGCACAAGGUGACCGUGUUCCAGUACAUCGGGGAGUUGUGCCGGUACCUCGUCAACCAGCCGCCGACCCCGGCAGAGCGUGACCACCAGGUCCGGCUGGCGGUGGGCAGCGGGCUGCGCCCGGACACCUGGGAGCGCUUCGUGCGCCGCUUUGGGCCCCUGCAGGUGCUGGAGACCUAUGGACUGACUGAGGGCAACGUGGCCACAUUCAACUACACAGGCCAGCGAGGUGCUAUUGGGCGCGCCUCCUGGCUGUACAAGUACAUCUUCCCCUUCUCUUUGAUUCGCUGUGAUGUGGCCACAGGAGAGCCGACCCGGGAUGCCCAGGGCCACUGUGUGGCCACAUCUCCAGGUGAGCCCGGGCUGCUGGUGGCCCCAGUGAGCCCGCAGUCCCCGUUCCUGGGCUAUGCCGGGGGCCCCGAGCUGGCGCAGGGGAAGCUGCUGCAUGACGUCUUUCGGCCUGGAGAUGUUUUCUUUAAUACGGGGGACCUGCUGGUGUGCGACAACCAAGGCUUCCUUCGUUUCCACGAUCGCACGGGCGAUACCUUCAGGUGGAAGGGGGAGAAUGUGGCUACGACGGAGGUGGCAGAAGUCCUUGAGGCCCUGGACUCACUCCAGGAGGUGAACGUCUACGGAGUCACUGUGCCAGGGCACGAGGGCCGCGCCGGGAUGGCAGCCCUGGUUCUGCGUCCCCCCCACGCCCUGGACUUGGUGCAGCUCUACACCCAUGUGUCUGAGCACUUGCCCCCUUAUGCCCGGCCUCGAUUCCUACGGCUGCAGGAGUCCCUGGCCACCACGGAGACCUUCAAGCAGCAGAAGGUCCGCAUGACCAGGGAGGGCUUCAACCCGAGCACCUUGGCCGACCCACUCUACAUCCUGGACCAGGCGGCAGGUGCCUACCUGCCCCUCACGCCGGCCCGGUACGAGGCUCUGUUGGUUGGAGAGCUCCGGAUCUGAGCCCUUGGGCUCCCAACACCUAUACCCCACCCUUCCAACCCCAGGCAGCGGGAGGGGAGGCAGUGCAGUGGGGGGAGCCCUGGCCGGCGCCCCAGGGUC